CUCCCCCCCCAUCUGCAGCUUUGCUGGCUCUCUCUUUCUCUCUCUCUGUCUCACUCUCUCUCUUUCUCUCCUAUCCGAGCACAAUGAAAGCCUGUGUAUCUCCGUGACUCCGGGCAGUGAAGCGAGUGUCAGCAAAGCUACUAACAACAGAGGAGAAAGAGAAAGGAAAAUACCAGCUACUUUUUUUUUUCCAUAUAUAAAUCGGAGCGAUCCAAGAGAUUCACACUGGUCAUUGCGAGUCCAAACCCCGCAGAUCAACUGGCCGGGGAUGGAAUGUACAAAAACAGAAAGGAAAGUGACUGGACGUUACUUGGUGCAAUACGCUGGAAGUUUGUAAGUUGGACUAUCAUUUGUAAAUUACUCUGGGAAGAGUUCUCUGUUGAUACUGUGUCUCAAUAGAGCCCGGGUGGGGAAGAGCAGCAUAAGCGGGAAAGCUAUGCGCUAAGUGAUCUGCCUGGCUAGCUACUUGAGGUUGCUUUCAUUAAGGAAAGGGAACCUUACAAGAGAUGAGGCUCUUUCCAGUGGCUGGAUUCGCGGAAGAAAAGAGCAUGGUCUGAAAGUCCAGUUAUUGACAUUGGGAACAACCGAGAAACUGUCUCCCUCCUUUUGGGGGGAGACGAAAUAGAGGAGCUCUGUUGCAGCAGCGACAGUAACCAAACAAGGAGGAAGCAUAGGGAGCACAGAGAGGAAGAGGGGAAGAAAAAAAGAAAUUAAAACCAAAAAGACAGUAGUUCCUGUUGGCACAUUGUGAUUCUCGGCUUCUAAACUCUAUUCAAAAGGCAGCACAUUUUUUUUUUAAACAUGAGAAAAAGUGACUGUGGUGAGGCCAUGAAUCCAGGCAGCUUUGCAUUGUGCUUCUUUGCUGAAAUUUCCCCAUAAAGAAAUAUCAGAAACAGCUAGGUAAGGGGGGUGGGGGGGGAGUUCAGGUCUUGAUUAACCUCUCUCCCUCAACUCCUUUCUAUCUUGCUUUCUCUUGACAACUCCUGAGACCUUAAAGCUAAACCCUGUAUCCUAUAACAUUUGCAAAGUACGCAGUGGCUCUUGUCAGCCCGGUUUAAAAAAAAAAAAAUCUCUCAACUCUGCCCAACUUCUCCAGAGCUGUCAGAUGCAAUUAGAGUAAGUUGAUUAGGGUUUGUUGUCAUCUUACUUAGCUUCUCCAAUUGGCUUCCUCCCCACCCUUCUUCCAUCAGGCUAUUCUUCCACCCCUUAACUUCUUCACUCCUCCUCCAAGCCUCAGUUUCUCCAUACCUACUCGAUAUACAUGUGGCACUGAAAACAGAGUCUAUAUCAUUAUUGUUAAUAAUAAUAAUUAUUAUUAUUAUUAUUGAAAACACAAGUUUCCAGCACUAGCCAGAUUUAACCACCACAAUAUCUCAGAGGCAGCAAUCAUUGUGGCCAGUAGGAUGGGGGACACAGCUCCCCCUCAGGCCCCAGCAGGUGGAUUAGGGGGGGCUUCUGGGGCAGGGCUCCUUGGAGGAGGCUCAGUUGCCCCCAGAGUACACAGCGCUAUUGUGGAACGUCUUCGUGCCCGCAUUGCCAUCUGCCGCCAGCAUCACCUAAGCUGUGAGGGACGCUAUGAGCGGGGUCGAGCAGAGAGCUCAGACCGAGAACGGGAGAGCACCUUGCAGCUCCUGAGUCUUGUGCAGCAUGGUCAGGGUUCAAGGAAGGGUGGCAAACACGCUAAGGCUAAUGCCAAUGCCACAGCCACUGCAGCACCUCCUCCCCCUGCCGCUCCUCCUCCUCCAACAGCAGCAGCAGCAGCAGGAGCAGCAGCGCCAGCUCCACCACCUCCACCAGACUAUCACCACCAUCGCCACCACCCCCAGCACCUGCUCAACAGUGGCAGUAACUCUGGUGGGAGUGGAAUCAAUGGCGAGCAGCACCAGCACCAGCAGCAGCCACCUCCCACUUCAGCUACUGGGGACCAGAGGAACUCAGCCCUGAUUGCGCUCCAAGGUUCCUUGAAGAGAAAGCAAGUGGUGAACCUGUCUCCAGCCAAUGCCAAAAGGCCUAAUGGCAUUGUGGAGAACUCCUUCCUGGAUAUUAAGAGAAUACGAGUAGGAGAAAAUCUCCCUGCAGGACAAACUGGACAUCAUGUCAACAAUGGGCAAAGCCAGUUAAUGCCUAUGAGCCAGGGGCCUCUGAGGAAGGCCAACACCCUUCCAACCAGUGCCCAUUCUUCUGGGAAUGGUAUGUAUAACCUGGGACUAAAGGAGGUCAAGAAAGAACCAGGAGAGACAGUGUCUUGCAGCAAGCACUUGGAUGGCCAGAUGACACAGGAAAAUAUAUUUCCCAAUAGAUAUGGAGAUGCCCCUGGGGAACAGAUGAUGAUGGAUCCAGAGCUCCAGGAGUUGUUUAAUGAGCUGACAAAUAUAUCUGUGCCUCCUAUGAGCGACCUGGAGCUGGAAAAUAUGAUCAAUGCUACCAUAAAGCAGGAUGACCCAUUUCAUAUUGAUUUGGGCCAGCAGAACCAGAGGAGCACUCCAAGGCCCCCUUUACAGAUGGAGAAGAUGGUGAUCAAGAGCGAAUACUCCCCAGGUUUGACCCAAGCCCCUGUUGGUUCCCCUCAGCUGAGGCCUCCCUCAACAGGACCUUCCUUCUCUAUGGCCAGUUCUGUCCUUUCCACUUCUUCCCCGAUCCCCUCAGGACCUCCAAGCCAGAACCAGCCCCAGGCUUCCUCAGGGGCAAGUAGGCCCCUGACCAACUGGCAAGAAGUGUCUCAUGCCCAACAACUCAAACAGAUAGCUGCCAAUCGCCAGCAGCAUGUACUAAUUCAGCAGCAGCAGCAGCAGCAACAACACCAGCCAAACCAGCCUUCCAGCUGGUCAGCCUUGUCCCCUGCGGUGCCUUCCCCAGGGCCAUUUGGCCAGGAGAAAAUUCCCAGCCCUUCUUUCCGUCAGCAACAGUUCAGCCCACAGAGCCCAGCCAUCCCUGGGGUGCCGGUGAAUGGCAGUCAGUCCAAAGCGAUGGCCAACUACAUGUACAAAGCGAGUCCCAGCACCCAGAGCAGCCACCUAGACAUCCUCAUGCAGCAGAAGUCUCAGGACAUCAACCGAAACUUCGUGAGCAACCCUCACCCACCUUUGGAGCCGCAUCACAGUAACACCAAGCCCUUGUUCCACUUUAACUCAGAACAAGCAAACCAGCAAUUGCCGUCAGUUUUGGCUUCCCAAAGCAAGCCUUCUCUCCUGCAUUAUACCCAGCAACAGCAGCAGCCGCCGCCGCCGCCGCCGCCGCAGCAGCAGCAGCAGCCGCCGCCAUCGCAACAGCAGCAGCAGCAGCAGCAGCCGCCGCCGCCGCCACUACCACCACCUCCACCACCUCCACCACCGCAGCAGCAGAGCUCAGUCGCUGCACAGCCUCCGCCGCAGCCGCCACAGCCGCAGCCGCAGCCGCAGCCACAGCAACAGGCCCCACCCACCCAAACCCUGUCCACCCAGCCUCUUCUAAGGUCAUCUCUCCCACUACAGCAAAAGAUCAUGCUUCAGAAGAUGCAGGGGCAGGCCAUCUCUGGAUUGCCCUAUGCAGUCUCUCAACAGCACAGACCGGAUCAACACUCUGUGGUAGGCCAGAACACAGGCCCCUGUCCAAGUUCCACUUCUUGUUCGAAUCCAAACACUGGAAGUAGUUACAUGAACUCCCAGCAAUCGAUGUUGAAUCAGCAGCUGAUGGAGAAGAAGCAGGCUAUCCAGAGGCAGAUCAUGGAGCAGAAGCAGCAUCUCCUCCUUCAGCAGCACAUUCUUGCAGAUGCAGAGAAAAUUGCUCCACAAGAUCAGAUAAACAGACACUUGACAAGGCCACCCCCUGAUUAUAAAGACCAAAGAAGAAAUAUGGUCAACAUGCAACCAACAAGCCAGUAUUCUGGAGGCUCAGCAACAGUGAGUUUAAACUCUAACCAUGCUUUGGCAAACCCUGUUUCCACGCACAGCAUUUUGACCCAAACUUCCAACCUCCUGUCCACUUCCCAAGGAACAAGAAUGCCUUCUUUACCAGCUGUCCGCAACAUUGGGAUAUAUGGAAACCUGCCUUGCAACCAACCUGGUACAUACAGCAUCACUUCAGGAAUGACUCAAAUGAUCCAGCACAGAAAUACUAACCAAAUGAUUACCAGUCAAAAUAAUCCCAUGUUGCUGCGGCCCUCCACCCUUGGGCCUGGGAAUAACAAUAGCGUGAGCACUUUUGGGUCUGGCUCCAUCGUCAGUUCCCAACAAGUGAGAUCAAACUUAAACCCCGGCAUCACGAGCAUCCCAGCCCAGAGACCACCGAAUGUCAUGAUAACUUCCAGCACAACAGCACCAACCUGGGCCUCUCCAGAAGCCUCAGCCAAGCAGCAAGAGACCCUGAAGCCAACAGGAAUGCGUUUCCCUGCAGCAGCAUACACUUCCAAUCAGUCUUUGCAGCGUGCAGUGGGGAACCAGCAAUUUUCCCAGCGUGCUGUGGCUCCACCAAGCCAGCUGACACCAGCAGUGCAAAUGAGACCCAUCAAUCAAACGAGCCAGCCAUUAAAUGGACAAACUCUUGGGUCACUCAGAGGUCUGACUCUCAGACCAAAUCAGCUAAGCACACAGACUUUGUCAGGAACUGGGUUGAAUCAGACCGGGACAGGCAUAACUCAGGCACCGUCCCUGCCCUCCAACAGCUUUCCUGCUACAAACCAAAGUUCCAGGGCCUUCCAAGGGACUGACCACGGCAGUGACUUAGCUUUUGACUUUCUCACCCAACAGACUGAUAACAUGGGACCAGCACUGAAUAGUGACUCCGACUUCAUAGAUUCCUUACUGAAAACCGAGCCUGGCAAUGAUGACUGGAUGAAAGACAUCAAUCUUGAUGAAAUCUUGGGCAGCAACUCAUGAAGGCAAGAAGAGAUGGGAACUGCAGACUCCAAGCACUAAAAGGCAGUAUUUUAUAUGGACUCUGUAAAGAUUGAGCUAUUGAUUUUUAGUUUUUCCUUUUAGUGGGACUGUGUAGAUACCGUGGCUUAACAUUGGGAAACAAAAGAGUGAUUGCUGUAUUGAGAAUGUUGGUACAAAAAAAUUUCCCCAAAUAGUAAACUUGACGGAAGUAAAGUAUGAGAUGACUUUCAUAGCUCUGAAUUAUAGGAUAGGAUAUCCAAUUCAUUCAAAUGGAACUGUGAUGUCGAUGUAUAUUUUUCUUGGGUAAAAUGGGCCACAAAACCUCUUUCUUCCCUUCCUCCCUGAAAGAAAAUUGAUGGGAAUUUGUAAAUCACUUAAGCCUCAUGUGAUGCAGGGGAACUGACUCCAAAUGGAGCACAGAGCAAGAGAUUCUCUCUCACACUUGAUCCCUCUUUGUGCUGUUUUAGCUUUAUCUCUGGUUUAUUAUUUUAAACCACCCAGAGCUUCUGUGGAGAAAACUACAAGAUCCGUUUGGAAUGUAAGAAAAUUGACCUGAGUAAGCAAGGGCCUGGAGUGAGUCCAGCAGGCUAUAUGCUUCUCCCCACCCACCUUGUGCUGCCAUAUGCCACUCUUGGGUGGAACAAACAACCAAGGGUACUGUUCCUCAUGUUGAAACCAGGAGUUGGAGUUGUGCAGCCUCUGGGGGGCAGGGGAAGAACCUUUGCUCUUUUGACUGAAUCCACAACUGAUUCCCCAGUCCAUUCCCAAGUUUUAUAUGCAACCAAGACCUGGAUCAAAAGUUGCUGCAUGCCUGUCUGUAUGCAUUAGAGUUUACUCUUUUUUGAAUCAUUCACGCACCACAAUGUUCGAAAAAUGUCCAGCUGGGCAUUGUCAUAAAAGGGAUUUAUUUGGCUUACAACUGUAAUGGGGGUGGGGAGGGGGUAGAGGGUUUGUUGUGAAAGUUCUCUCUGGUCAGUUCUGAAGAUGAUUGAAAUUGAAACCCACCCUAUUUCCUGAGCUGACAAAACAUAGAUUUCUAAGUCCAGGAAGGUUGGGACUGCUCACCAAAGCUUAAAUUCUAUACUGUCUUCUCUGAUGGCAAAAAAGAGACAGAACGCCCUGGGAGGAACCUAAACUGGGAAAGUAAGGGACAUUAAAUUGCCUUUGAUGAACAGCUAAAAUGUAUCUAUCCUGUGUCAUGGAAAUUCAUAUUUUAAGUCUUUGACUCAUCACUUAAUAUAAAGAGGGAAGCAUUUUAAGGCUAAAUACAACCUCCAUAAGCCAGGAUUCAGAAUCUAGUUUUCUCCUUUCAGUGGUGCCCACUUGAAUGAAUGAGUGACCUUGGGUGAGCAAUUAGCCUAUUUAACCUACCCACAAUUCUUCUGGUGAAUUGGAUUGAUCUUAUUGCAAAUGGCAUAAUUGUUUUUUCUGCCCUUUCAGUCCUAUACCUAAGUAAUCACACCUUUUGGUCAUGCCUUCUAUGCCCAAAGUUGAAAAUAUCAAUUCUCUAAAAAUAACAACAAACAAAGCAAUUUUUAUGAUCUCUUAAAACUCACCCGUCAUUCUUUAACAUAACUAAAUGCACUGUCCCACCUUCUGUCAGGAAACAUCCAUACCACUGGCCCAGGAUCUUCUCAGUGUUGGCUUGUAAAUAUAAAGAAAUUAUUUGUUUUGUAAACUUUUGUAAAAAAAUAUUUUGGUAGAAAUAAUUAAAAACAUAUUCUUUGGGUUAUAUUUAUACAUAUGUGAAAUAAAUAUACUAUCAGAAAGUUAUAUUUUAUACAAAAAGUAAAUUGUUACCUUUUGUAUGCUAAUAUACAAAGUUUUUGUAUAAUACAAUGGUUUAUUUUUUGCUCCACGCCUAAACUACAGGUGGCCAACUGGGAAUUUAAAAAAAUGACUAACAGGCUUUCAGAUAAAUAUACAUUAUGAAACCUCCAUAAAAAGCAUUCCGGGUUUCAAGCCUUUUUUUUUCUUUCUGCAGUCAUAUUAUUUUUUGAACCCAUAGUUCUUGUAUUUUUAUUUUGUUACACUGUGUGUACUGUAUUGGUCCUCACUGCACGUGGUCUGCUCUCUGCUGUUCCAUUCUGUAAAGCAGUGUUUUCUCCAAGCAAAUGGAAAGGAAAAACAACUGUACAUAAACACUUAUGUUUUCUGCCUUCUCCGUGUUACUGUAUAUACCAGUUAGCACUCAGCAGUUGUACAUCUUUGAUUCAGCUUAUAUUUUUACCCUAACAAGUAGUAUGCUUUGCAGUAGCUCUCAAAAUUAAGCAGAGUAAGCCAAUCAGAGUAUUUGGAAUUGCUUCUUUCUUAAUGUGAAUUUCAUCAUUCAUGUCUAUUUAUUCAGCUACUCAUUAAAAGGCAGGAAAAUGAUGAGGAAAAUGAUGGCUCCUAUAUUCCCUCUUUGCUCGCAUCCUACUCCCAACAAUAAUAGGAUUUUCCUGAAAGUUGAGACAAUAAGGAAAAUAUAAUAGAUGUGAUAUAACCACAACUUUGGAAUUUAUGAUUUAAGAGCUGCUGGAAUACAAUUUCCCUUUGAAAGAAAUACCAAACUAUUGAAUUGAUGGCAUUGUUGAUCUUUCUGACAUAUUAUAUAGGAGACAGAAUUAACUUUUCUUUAAAAAAGAUUAAAGGUCUAAAGGGUAAUUUCAGCAGUUUCUUCUAUACUUUGUUUUAAACCCAAUGACAAGGAAAAAUAAAAGUCUAUAUUAUAAAUGAA